CGGUACCGGCCGCCGCCGCCUGUGGUACCGUUCGCUGCGUUGGUGGCUGCCGGCGGUGCGGCUGCUGUCGAUACUCGGAACAAACACGUUUAGAUCCAAAAUCUAAUAAACUUGUAAUAAUGUUUACUAGAUUAUAAAUAUAUUGAUAAGGAAUCACGGCAGCCCAGAGCGACAGAAGGCGAUGGCGAGGCCUGUGAGGAGUGCUCAGGGUGCCAGACUGACCUGACACUCGAGUAACCCCACUGGGUGUGCUGUGAAAGAGGGGGGAAGAAACCAGCUGCCGGGAUUUAUUUAUUUUAUUUAUUAAAAAAAAGGAGAAAUGAAGAAAACCAGGCUGGCUGAGGACCUGCGCUGUCUCCCUUUUUUCCUCCUUUGUAAAACCAAACUGGUGACUGCCCGUGCACCAUCGGAGGCCUUGCCUUGCUGGUGGGGGUCAGUGCGCUGCCUUAGCGUGCCUCCCCCCUCGGGAGAGGUGUAGCCUUGGGGGCUGCUCUGGCCUCCUCUUCCCAUCUCUCCAAUGUGCAAUAUCUUAUGAAAGGGCAACUUGGCCUCCCUGGGAGGGAGAUGCCACUGCUUUUUGUCACAGCCUCAGCUCAGCUCCCACCAGGGCUGCCAGGACCAAGGGCAACUGGUUUUAGGUCUUUCCUAAGGGCCUUCUCACCACCCUGAGAUGGGCUGGGGACGUGGAGAUGGGCUGGGCUGUGGCUGUGCAGGGGCCUUUCCACCACCCUGAGAUGGGCUGGAGAUGGAGAGAUGGGCUCGAUGUGGAGGCAGGCUGUAAUCUUAGCAAUAGAUUGGAAUCCAGUAAGAACUAGAGCCUUUGUCGGCAUAAAAUAUUGCUGAGACUGGAGAAAGUUGCUUAGUGGCUGACUGUUGCCGCCCUCUGUUCUGCUGGUAUCAGGAAGAUUGUUCGGCAUGAUGUCUGUUGUUACUCCAAAGCCACAACAUGCCAGAAAUCAUUUACAAAUUAAAGGACCUGAGCCUGAUGGACAGAACUGAGCUGAGUAAGGCAUGUUGAUGCUUGUCUGUCUGUGUGACUUUGCCGUGUUUCUGGAUAAGACUGAAAGUCACAGAGAAAUAGUUUUGAUACAUGGCAGCCUUUAUCCUGUGGCUUUUAAUGUGUGCGUUGUAACUAGGUGCUGCAAAAAGCAGGAGCAAAAUGACAUUUUGUAGCUGGUUAUAUACAGGUGCAGCCUGUGUUUAUCUGCCCUCAUCUGCUGAUUCCUUCUUAGUACCUGAAAUCCCCAGAAGAGGGAACUGACUGGCCAGCGGUCAGUGCAAGAGAUCAAUUCUUUUCUGUCUCCUUCCAAAUCUUUCUUUCUCACAGCUCUGCAGCAACUGGCCAGAAACCUGCUUUCAUACCCCAUAUGGAGACCAGGUUUCAGAUGUUGUCUUAGAUCAGUUUCUCCCCUCUGUUUGUUGUAGGGUCGAAUGUUUUGCCUGCCUGUGUCAUGGCCAGUUUCUUAAAGCAGGAGAGACAUACAUCCCCCAGGAUCUCUGUGGGUGUGACCGCCCUACUCUGCUAACCAGUAGAUAACUGAGAGGCCGCUGAGGGUUUAUUAUGUGUCAAUAAAGAGUUUAGAUUAAUGGAUUACCAAGCAAAUGCUAUGUGAAGUCUUUAUAAAGCUCCAGCUUUGCAUUGGGAGCAUAGAACUCUGCUGGGCAGCCUGAGUGCUAAGAAGAAGAAAGUCUGAGAGACCAGAGACAGACAAAGACCCAAACUAGAGAAACUAAAAUAACUCAGCUUAGGAAAGGCUGUACCUUGCAGCCACUAUGAAAGGCUUUCUUUGCUUUACAGUUCUUGCAGUCCUUUUACUGGUACAUGGCUCCCAGGCAGUCUACGUUCAGGAUGGAGACUUGAAAUUCUCCCUUGAGUCUGUGAAGAAGCUAAAGGAGCUGAUGGAUGAGACCAGACGCGCCAAUCCUCGCAUGGCGGUUUCAAAGACUAGCUAUUCUCCAUGUGAUGAAAAAGAUCUCCCUGAGGAGUUCCAACCUGUGUGCAAAAGAGAAGAUGCAUCCAUGGUUUUUGAGAGGCUGAACCUGGCUGUCCGAGAUGCUGAUUUGUGUGAAAUCUGCGCCAAUGCUGCCUGUGCAGGUUGCUUUUGAAUAAAGUUUAAACAAUCCAAAGAAGAAAGCAUUGAGCUAGGAAGUCUGUGCAUUCAUAUUGCAAAAAUCACAUACUUUCCCAAAUAGAUAUUUGGACUCCAUCUCCACUGCAGUCAGCCCGGAGCUGCUAGCUCAGGGAGAGAUCCCGGGGUAGCCCUGAAGUAGCCACCUCAGGUGCCACCAGCAGUGCAGUUCUGGCAAUCAGGAGCCUCUAAAAGCUCAUCUGCCAGGUUUCAGUUCUGCCCGAGUUGUGUCACACGGGAACGAAAAUAUCCUGGGCACAAUUUAAUUUUCCACAAUCACAUCUAGAUUGGAACGUGAUGGGUGAAACUGAGCAGCCUCCUGCAGCCUUUAUAAUAUUAAAUCUGCCUGUAAUUUGGCCUCCCCGACAUAAACCGCCCAGCAGCACUGGGUUAUCGGCUUUUUCAGCCCAUGCUCUCCAGCGUGUUGGAUAACUUACCUCUCUACCUGCAGGUCUGCACGUGAGAUGCGUGUGUUUGUAACAGGACUGGAGCGAGUAACUUAGGGCAAGUUAUUGGUGUUUAGCAACACUUUCAUAGCCAGAAAAUUCUUAUUCUGUUACUUGUACUGAUUGUUGCCAAUUUAGGGAAUGGACACAGAGGAGCACAGGAAUGCUUACUACGUAGUUGUAUGGAAGCUCCUUUGUGUUGGCAGAUAUUAAUGUUCAUUAAGCUUUGUUUAGGAGAAAGGGAAGUCCAAACCACAAUGCUGGAAUCACUUUGAAAUUAAAACAUUACUUUAUGUAUUUAUUUAUUGGUGUCAAGAUUGUGAAGAAAGGAUCUGCCCAUGUUUAUAUGCUAUAUAUGAAAUAAAAGCUAGUAAUGA